AUGUUUAAACAAUUAUCCAAACAAAUUUUAAAUCCAAGAUUAACCAGAUCUUAUAUCCCAGGACAAUUUACCGGUACUAAAAAUGCCAAUGGUAAAUAUACUGUUACUUUAAUUGAAGGUGAUGGUAUCGGAGUUGAAAUUUCUCAAGCUGUUAAAGAAAUUUAUGCUGCUGCUGAAGUUCCAAUUGAAUGGGAACCAGUUGAUGUUACUCCAUUAUUAAUUGACGGUAAAACCACUUUACCUCAACCAGCUGUUGAUUCAGUUAACAAAAAUUUAGUAGCUUUAAAAGGUCCUUUAGCUACUCCAGUUGGUAAAGGACAUUCUUCAAUGAAUUUAACUUUAAGAAGAACUUUCAACUUAUUUGCCAAUGUUAGACCAUGUCAAAGUAUUGUUGGUUACGAUACUCCUUACAAAAACGUCGAUACUGUUUUAAUCAGAGAAAAUACUGAAGGUGAAUAUUCAGGUAUUGAACAUACUAUAGUACCAGGUGUUGUUCAAAGUAUUAAAUUAAUUACUAAACCUGCUUCAGAAAAAGUUAUCAGAUAUGCUUUUGAAUACGCUAAAACUGUUAACAAACCUCAUGUUGUUGUUGUUCAUAAAGCUUCAAUCAUGAAAUUAUCUGAUGGUUUAUUCGUUGAAACUGCUAAAGAAGUUGGUAAAGAAUACCCUGAUGUUAAAUUAUCUUAUGAAUUAUUAGAUAACACUUCAUUAAAAUUAACUGCUGACCCAUCUGACUAUAAAGAUGUUGUUAUGGUUAUGCCAAACUUAUAUGGUGAUAUUAUGUCUGAUUUAUCAUCUGGUUUAAUUGGUGGUUUAGGUUUAACUCCUUCCGGUAACAUGGGUAACAAAGUUUCUAUUUUCGAAGCUGUCCAUGGUUCAGCCCCAGAUAUUGCUGGUAAAGGUUUAGCUAACCCAACUGCUUUAUUAUUAUCAUCAGUUAUGAUGUUAAGACAUAUGGGAUUAAAUGAUUUCGCUGAUAAAAUUGAUAAAGCCGUUAAAACCACCAUUGCUUCUGGUCCAGAAAACAGAACUGGUGACUUAAAAGGUACUGCUUCAACUCAACAUUUCACUGAACAAGUUAUUAAAAAUUUAUAA